AUGGCCGGAAAAGUAACCUUCAUUGCUUCUCUCUUCUACAAGAAAAGAGACCGCAACCCAGUCUCAUCUCUAACUUCUAAUUCACUUCAGUUGGAUUCGAGCGAUCCAUGCUUCCCAGGCUCAUCGGAAGCAGAGACGUCGUCAGCAGCGGAGGCUGCUGCCGUCCUGGCAGUCGCCCGCGGAAUAAGAUCCGACAGGUUAUUCUUUGAGCCGGGCAGGACGAGGUCACUGGUGGAUGAGGAGGCAGUGAAAACUGAGAAGCUUCAGUUUAAGGGAAACAUCGCCGUGGAAUUGGAUUCCGACGACCCGUUCUCAGAUUUUAGGCUGUCUAUGGAAGAGGUGGUACUGGCAAAUGGAGAAACGAAGGUGCAGUGGUUAGAAGAGAUGCUGUGCUGGUACUUGAAGAUGAAUGCAAAGAGUCACCAGGCGAUCAUAGUUGAAGCGUUCCUGGAUUUACUUCUGAAUCUCGCUUCUUCUUAG